GGCGCCGCGGUGCGCAGGCGCAGCCGUCGGUGGGUUGGGGCUCUGUCGCCGCAGAGAUCCUGACGACCCCCAGGCGUGGUCUCCUCCCAUCUCAAGAUGGACAACAAGAAGCGCCUGGCCUACGCCAUCAUCCGCUUCCUGCACGACCAGCUCCGGCACGGGGGGCUCUCGUCUGAUGCCCAGGAGAGCCUGGAAGUGGCAAUCCAGUGCCUGGAGACCGCUUUUGGGGUGACGGUGGAAGACAGCGACCUAGCGCUUCCUCAGACUCUGCCGGAAAUAUUUGAAGCGGCCGCUGCAGGCAAGGAGAUGCCACAGGACCUGAGGAACCCUGAGCAAGCCCCGCUUUCUGAGGAAGAGUCGGUGGAGGCAGAACGCCUCAAAACCGAAGGAAACGAGCAGAUGAAAGUAGAAAACUUUGAAGCCGCCGUGCACUUCUACGGGAAAGCCAUUGAGAUCAACCCUGCCAACGCCGUCUACUUCUGUAACAGAGCUGCAGCCUACAGCAAGCUGGGGAACUACGCGGGCGCCGUGCAGGACUGCGAGCGGGCCAUCUGCAUAGACCCCUCCUACAGCAAGGCCUACGGCAGGAUGGGCCUGGCGCUUUCCAGUUUGAACAAGCACACAGAGGCCGUGGCCUACUACAAGAAGGCCCUGGAGCUGGACCCCGACAACGAGACAUACAAGUCAAACCUCAAGAUCGCAGAACUGAAGUUGAGAGAGGUGCCAAGCCCGACGGGAGGCAUGGGCAGCUUUGACAUGGCCGGCUUUCUGAACAACCCGAGCAUCAUAAGCAUGGCAUCAAACCUGAUGAACAAUCCCCAACUUCAGCAGCUCCUGUCUGGGAUGAUUUCAGGCAGCCACAGCCCAUUGGGGACACCUGGCACCACCACCUCACAGAGCGACCUGACCAGCCUCAUCCAGGCGGGCCAGCAGUUCGCUCAGCAGGUGCAGCAGCAGAACCCAGAGUUGAUAGAGCAGCUCAGGAGUCAGAUCCGGAGUCGAACCCCCAGUGCCAGCAAUGACGACCCGCAGGAGUGACCGGCCAACCGUCCCCGUGUGAUCGUGUCCUUCCCCGGCCGACUGGAAGCCUCCUUGUUACUGCCGUUUUCUCCCGUGGACUGCCUGAGAGAGAGAGAGAGAUCAAACCUGCAUGUUAGGACGGCUCUUUUUCCCUUUUGUUUCUUCGCCCCCCCUUCCUCUUUGUACUCCCCUACAGCCCCCAGACUGUUCUUGAAACGAAAGCCAGCAAGCUGAACACAGACCAGCACCAGUCUCCCUUCCAGCCUCCUGAAACCCAGUCACUAAAGAAUUUUCCAGAAUUCCAGGGGUGCCCCUUGGGCUGCAUUUGGAGAAGCGGGAGGUUUUAUGUUGAGCCACGUGGCGGACGCCUAUGGCUUCAGGAGCCGCUUUUAUGGCCCUUGCCCCACCGCACCUGGGCCUGUUUUCAGGAACUUUCCCUUCCGUGGGAAGCCGCUGUCUGAGUCGACCUCUAGUCCUGCUGGCUACGUGCCCUGCUCAGAAGAGCUCACCGCCAGCCCUGGGCUGGGCACCAGUAGCCACCGGGCCCCUGGGACCGCCGUUUUUGCAUGAGGAACUCUUUAGUUGAAGAUAUCCAGAAUGCUUCUGUGACCCAAACCCUCUCGGGCCUGGGAGCCGUCCUGGGUGCAUAGGACCAGUUCCUGGGACUUCUCUUCCAGUUGAGCGUGUUGAUAGACAUAACUUUGAUUUCCUGCAACCUUCUUUUUCCUGACCUCACGGCUGAUAGCUAGUGGCAUAAUCAUGACCUCCCAGCCCAGCCCCACCGUUAGCCCCUGGGCAGAGGGAAAGCGGACCUCAGGCCCCACCUUGGCCUGUGUGUCCCAUCUGCGGUCUUUCCGCCCACGGAUGUUGAAUUGCCCUGGGGUCCUCGGCAAGCUCUUCCCUCCUGCUCCAGGGUGGGGGUCUGGAGGGCCCUCAGGGCCACCCACCUCAGCCCUGAGACAGCCACCAGAGCUGCUUCCAGGUAGGGAAAGGCACAAAGACCAGAGCAGAACGAGGCAUCCUACCCAGGACGUGGCCACCAUGAGUCGUGGAGGGAGAGAGGCGGGCUCAUGGCGCCACCGUGCCGUCCCCACAGUUGGAGCGUGGAGGCUCUCUGUUGGUCUGAGGCCAUCUGCGAGGUAGGCGCAGUACUGUGUGUGUUGUAGGUGACCCAUAGGAAGAAGGGCCGUGCCGGCUGCCCACAGCCUCACACGAGCGAGACAUGUUCUAAUUCCUCUGUGCUAACCAUGGCAAAGAGCGUUCCAUGUGGGGAAUAAAUAGACGUCAUGACCUCU